AUGGAUUUGAUAUUCAUCCGAGCCAAUCCUUCCUCGAGGUGUGACGAUGAAGAGAGAAGUAGUAAAUACCCUUUUGUAAGUGCUCUCAGUAUGAGUGGAGGAGAUGGUGACAACAGUUACUCUAACAAUUCUCUUCUCCAGAAAAGGGUUUUAUUAAGGACCGAUACAGUCUUGGUUAAAAACACCAAAGAAAUGAUGAAGAAUUUGGACUUUCCUAAAUGCAUUAAAGUUGUCGAUUUGGGCUGCUCUUCCGGACAAAACACAUUUUUGGCGAUGUCCGAGAUUGUCAACACAAUCAAUGGGUUAUGUAAAGAACGGAAUCAAACCCCUCCCGAGAUAGAUUGUUGUCUGAACGAUCUUCCUUGUAACGAUUUCAACACAACUUUCAAGUUCAUAGCUUCCUUCAACAAGAAGCUCACAAGACAAGGAUCGUGCUUCGUCUCUGGAGUCCCUGGUUCCUUUUACUCGAGGCUCUUCCCUCGCAAGAGUCUCCAUUUCGUACAUUCAAUUUACAGUAUUCAUUUCCUCUCUAAGGUUCCGGAUGGACUGGAGAAGAACAAGAUGAGUGUGUACAUAACAAGUUCAAGUCCUCUAAGUGAAUACAGAGCAUACUUGAACCAGUUCCAAAGAGAUUUUACGACCUUUCUAAAACUGCGCUCUGAAGAGAUGGUGUCUAAUGGACGCAUGGUACUCACAUUAAUCGGAAGAAACUCUAUUGAUGAUCCAUUGCAUAGGGAUUGCUGUCAUUUUUGGACUCUGUUAUCCAAAUCUCUCCGCGACUUAGUCUUCGAGGGUCUUGUGAGUGCAUCAAAGGUGAGUUCGUUCAAAAUGCCGUUUUAUGAUCCGAGCAAAGAAGAAGUGAAAGAUAUGAUAAGAAAAGAGGGAUCCUUCGCAAUAAACGACUUGGAGACACAUGGAUUUGAUCUCAGUCAUAGUAUCGAAGACUAUUCUAGUUUACAAUCAAACAGAGUUAAAGCAGGGCAGAGAGAAGCUAGCUGUAUAAGAGCAGUGACUGAAACAAUGCUCGUAGCUCAUUUUGGAGAUGCCAUUAAUAUUGAUACAUUGUUUAACAAGUAUGCGCUUCAUGUGUCUCAGCAUGCAAGCUGUAGGCUCAAAACGACUGUCUCUCUAGUCGUUUCAUUGAUUCGGAAAUAA